UUGGUGAGGAGGCCUCCCCUCAUCUGGAGGAGCCUCACGUUUCCAGCAGAGCCCUGGGCCUGUGGUGUAGAGAGAAGGGGAGACUUCCCUGAGGGCUCCAGCAGAGGUGAAAGAUAAUUUCAUUAAAUUAUCCGCUCUCCAUGUGAAUUAAAGAAAGGUGGAUGCGUUUGUGGCGGCAGUGGGGGCUUCACUGGGAGACGCUUUGGCUCCUUCCAUGGGCCGAGCCCUUAUUAUGUGUAUUUUGGUGAUGGGAUGACAAUGGAGGUGUGGGAGACGGCUGUGAGUCACCCUCGCAGGCUCGGCGGCUCCGGCCCCCUUGCCGGGGGGGGGGGGGUGGGGGUCGCUAACGGCCAGGGCGGAGGGCUCAUAAGGCACGGAGCGGCCUAUGCCACCCCACACACAGCCCGCAGACCUCGGCGCACAUGGAGCUCGCCAGCCUGCCCCGAAGCCCCGAACCCACCGGCGAGACCCGAGCGCGUCCCGCGGCCCCCAGCGCGGGGCGAGAGGGCGGCCGGCGGAAGCGGACCACCUUCAGCAAGGCCCAGCUGGAGCUGCUGGUUCGCGCCUUCGAGAAGGAGCCCUAUCCCGGCAUCGCGCUGCGGGAGCAGCUCUCUGGCCUCACCGACAUCCCCGAGUCCAGGAUCCAGGUGUGGUUCCAGAACAGGAGAGCCCGGCAGCUGAACCACAAGAAGAGCGAAGCCGCUGCCUACCCCAAGCCGGCCAGUGGCAAACAGAAACCGACCCGCUGCGGCGGCUGCUGCCAGGAUAGGAGCCGGACGACAGAGGGGCUUGGGCCAGAUGGGAGCCUCCUCCAUCCACAGCCCGGCCUACCAGGAGGAAACCAGAGUUUCGCUGGUCAGCCUCUGCCCUACUCGGGGCAGCUUUACUCAAGGCUCGAUACUCAUUUCAGGGGCUUGGAUAACACUUCUGGAGAGCCGGGUCAGACCCCAGCUCACUGCGGUUUGGACUGCAUGGGAAAAGGGGUCCCACUCGGUGCAGGAAGUGUGGGGAGUACCCCCCAGGUCUCGUUUCCUGUGCAACAGGCACAGGAAUAUCCAUACCUGAAGAAAUCUUUCCCUGAAACCUACUACUCAGAUGCAGAUGUUUUCCAGUAUUGUAUAGAAGAUCAUCAGUACCUGGCAGCUAAAGAGAAUGUGUAUAGGAGGCCUGUCUUAAACUACUUAAAUGCUAACCAGGGCCUGGGCAAUGAGAACUAUUUGUAUAUAAAGUCAAAUAUUUCUCCUUUUGGGAAGGGCUCCACUUUCAAUUAUGUUGAAGGGGAAUCUAAGCUUGAGGUAGAGCAGGUGGGGCACAGUCCACCUCUGGUUCCAGCUAAUAACACUAGUCCUCCUUUGGUACUUCCAAAACACGAAGAGGGGUGUCAAGGAACACUUUCUGCUCCAGCCCCAUCGUAUGGGCAGCAGCUGCUGGAGACAGUAAGUGACUAUGACCCUCACUGGCUGGGCAUGAGAAACGAAAUUUUGGGAACUGGGUUAGACUUGCUGUUUGAGAAUGAGCAAAACUGGGGGCAAGGUGGGCCAAAAAGUUACAUUUUUGCUUUUGGUGGCCAGAACUCAACCUGUCAUCUGGGUCGCACAUGAACCUGACAGUGGGUCUGCUUGACUGAUGGAAAACUAAUGUGUUUUUGUUGGAUUGGCAGUGUUCUCCAAAGUGGCUAGAGAUUUUGCAGGUCUGAGUGUGGAGUGCUUGUUCUGAAUUUUGUGCACUGUCUGGAAGGAGAGCAAAGAUAGGCAAAAUUAGCAAGGGCUACAGGAGAGUAGCCUGCUGAAUGUGUGCUGCCUCAUCCUUUGGGAGCUGUCACAAAGCUAUUUGCAGUAUUCCUGCAUGCAUCUGGUUAUUGGCAGUCUCACAUUUACUUGCACAUACAGACUGUUUUUCAAACGAUGCUGGAUUAAUUCUGCCCUGAGGCUUGGGGCUAUGGCAUUGUUUUUGUGGCUUUACUGCAGAGUUCUCUUUCUAUUUUGGUCAGAAUUCACUUUAACUUAAAUCUGCAGAAAACAGAUGUAUUUAUAGCUUUUAGUGGAGAAAGCAUUAAGACGAGAGGGGUACUAGCAUGGGAAAAGCAGCCUUGGUGGUGGCAGGGGACAGCUCACUGGGUGGGUUGGCGUUUUAGGUGUGCUCCUGAUACAGAACACUGCUGGUCUUUUCCUAGAUACUUGAUGUAUAGUGUUUUCACUUAAAAUUACGACAUGUGUAGCCUUUUAAAAGGCAAUAUUUUUGUGAUUUCCUUCUGUGUAUUUUUUUAUUGUCUUUGUUUUGAAAUUGUAAUUUUCCAUUUGCCAAAUGAAGGGUUUUUUACCUGGGUGAUAAUGAACUUAUAGAGCUGCAUGAAAAGGAAAAAUAAAAAUGUGUUCCAGCUUUGCAUUUGCACACAGAGCCUAUUUUUAUAUUUCUCAAGAUCCAUGGCCAUCUGGAAGACCCCUGUAAUCAUGGAAGUGUUUUCUUCCUGGAGCACUGCCAUGGUUGUGUAUUCAAGCAUUAUUGGGCCUAGGAUGCUGAAAAUUCUCUAUGCAAAUCGUUUCUUGUUUAAAAUGUGGCUCUGGAAUAUUUUAAGUAUGUGAAGAUUUUAAUAUACACGUUAUUAACUUAAUUACUUUGUUUAUAGAACAAAAUAAACAUAAUAAAAGUACAACUUAAACACA